GAUUUUUCUCAUUUGUUAUUCAGUGUUCGGCUCGUACUGGCCAAGCUAUCUAUAGUGGCAUAUAAAUAGUUGUCUCCGUGCCGGUCGUCGGGAAAACGUGUACAUUGAUUUAUCUGAUAAAGCAAUUAUGCACAUACUAUAGUAUUACUCAAGUUCUAACAAACAAGUACUUAUAAACAGCCUAAGGAAGGACGCAUUGCAGUAGACGUUAGAGGGCGUGUAACGUAAUGGAGAUAUAUCAAACGACAUAAUGACAUUAUCUAAUACUAGUAAUCAAGAUUUAACCACAAAGACUGAUAUAAAUGAUGGAUCUACUAACUUGGAUUCAUUAUACUGUUCACAUCUUUGGUCAAACAGUAAUUUACGUAGAGCAAUUUUAAAUGCGCCAUGUGCAGAAAACAAAAUAAUUAAAUAUUGUUAUACAUGUAAAGGAAAAGUUAGGAAAUAUGAAAUAAAACUACCUAGCGACAAUUUUGUUCCAAAUCAUCAUUCAACUCCUAAUGAAAAAAUAAUCAAACACAUUGAAUACCCUUUAGGAGAGUUAUUAGAAAAUUCCGUCGGUGACGGCCCUCAGCUUUGUAGAUCAAGUGAUAAAAAAAUCAGAAAUCCCGAGGCUGACCUUGAAACCGUAAAUGCUGACAAUACCGACUGCAUUCCAUCUAUAUCCAGCCAAAUCGAUUCCAGCUUUCGUCAAAAAUUUACUUCAUAUGAAAUGCGACCCAAUGAAAUCAAUCAAAGGAGAUUGAGAAAAAGCUUGAGAGGCAUUGGAUGUAUUGUGAAUUUUUCUUUGACUGAUAGUCCUGUGAAGAAACGAACUCAGAUACAGGCGUGCUCAAUAAGUGUGAUGAUUGUUGCAAUCGUAGUAAUAAGUUUUGUUUUAGUAAAUUUUACUACUCCUAAUUUUACUCGUGCAACUAAAGUAGUUAGUACAAUCGUAGUGCCAACAAACAAAAUUAAAUCGAAUAAUAAUUCUUUUUCUACAACAAUUAUUUAUACAGAUGACACUUUAUUGACGGAUGAGAGCACGACAGUUGACCCCACAACUGUAGAACCUUUUGUUCAUACUACUGAAAAUAUAACAUUAAUGUCCAGCAUCAUAUCAAAGAUUCGAAAAAAUAUUAGAACAUAUCCUAAAGUUUAUAAGGAACGUAACUCUUAUAAGGUAAAAGACAUAAUAAAUAGAGAUUUGUCAGAAAAAUUUUGUUCGUGCCAAACUAAUGAAGUCUGUAUGUUAGAUGAAAACAGUGGAAAAUCGAUAUGCAAACAAUCGAUAGAUAUCGAUGAUCCCACAGGUUGUGGAGGGUUGUGUGCUUUGGAAACAGAAGCAUGUCAAUUGGUGGAUAAAAUGCGAGGAGUUCGAGUAUGUCGUCUUUUGACAUUGGUGACGUGUUCAGAGCAGGAGUGGCGAUGUCGUAAUGGGUUGUGCGUGCGAGCAGAAGCACGCUGCGAUGGUUCCAUACAAUGCUAUGAUCGCUCUGACGAAAUGCAUUGUGAUUGUGACCUGACUAAACAGUUCCGAUGUGGACAUUCCAUAUCAUGCUUUCCAAAUACCAAGCUAUGUGAUGGUAUCAUAGACUGCUGGGAUGGAUUUGAUGAAGUUAAUUGCACCACCGAAUGUCCGAAAGAUCAGUUUACUUGCACCGACGGUCAAUGUAUUCUGUCGUCAAGAUUCUGCGAUGGUUUCGCCGACUGUGAAGACGGCAGUGACGAACCCAAUGGCUGCGACGGCGGUUGCAGCGCCCAUGAACUUCGUUGUGUGAACCAUCGCUGCGUACCUCAUGCGGCUCGCUGUGAUGGCCAUGACAACUGCGGUGACGCAACGGACGAAUUACAUUGUUCCUAACAUAAAUUAAAACUGUUUAUUGGUAAAAACAUUAUGUAACAUAUGAAAAUAUAGUGCGAGUGUACUGAAUAGUACGAUAUUGUGUCACCUACAAAUAAUAAUGUUACAAAGUUUUACACAUCUACGAACAAAAAAAAAUUAUAAAUAUGACUAAUUUUGUAGUUAGUCGAAUAGUAUUCGAAUAUUUUAUUUUAAUAUAACCUGAAGAAUACCAAUAAGUGAACAACCUAACAAAUACAUGAGGGGCGUUCGAUUGCAAUGUAGCAUUAAAUUUAACUAGUCAUACUGAUAUUAUGAUCGAAUGUAUAUUUAUUUGUCAUAUAGGAAUUGAAGAAAGAAAUUUAAUAUCAAUCUAACAUUUAUAAUUUAUAUUCGCUUCCUAAUAGUAUCUACCUAUCUUACUACUACUAACUUUGUAAAUGUGAAAGUUUAGAAUAUAAAAGUAAAAGUAAUUUUUGUUUACUCAACGGAUUAGAUAUACGUAUGAACUAUAUUGGAUUACUAGUUUUGAAAUAAAUAUCAAAAGUAAAUAGUGAAUAGGUAUAUACUGUUAAUGCUUGUAAUCAUUGGAUGAUACUUAUGUAUCUGUUUAUCUAUGCUUAUGUUUCGAUAUCUGCACCUGUUGCAAAAUUAGGGAUGUUUUAGGUUUCAAGUCAAUACCUGUUUGACUAAUAAGUCUCAAACGAAUUGACUAAUUUACGAGUCAAUUUGGUAUUUGUGGUAUUGAUUGUUAUUUAUAGCUUUUAGUGAAAUUAUGGAAUAGUAUAAGUGUUCAUUGCAAUGGUUACGAUUUUAAUGUGGCUUUUAAUCGAAAGCUGGUACAAUCUGGAUAGUUUAUAAUUACUUUUACAUAUAGUAAUUUGUUUUUAUUUUUUUAUUUUCAGCUACUUAGUUACUUAGCAGUUGUUUGUGCUUUUGCAUGCAACUUGUCGUGUUUUACCUUUAAGUUAAGAUUUUAAAAGAUCCUUUUUUCAAAAUCUAACAUUCUAAACUUAGUAGUUUUGGCUGUGAAUAGUCAGUCAGGACAAAUGAUUUUAUAAGUAUAGAUAUAAUAUUUCCAAACUCCCAUUUAGCCACAUAAUUGUGUACAUAAGUAAUAAAAAUAAUCUUAUGUACAAAAUAUUGGAUACAUAAUAUUAUUUUUUAAUAAAUCUUAAAGAAACCGUUGCAUGGUAAUGAUAACGAUGGUAGGUAACCAUCAUUUACAAGCAAAACCCUAUAACCAGUGAUUGGAAAACCGUACCGCAUGUAGGUUAAUAUUGUUUAACUAAGUCAUAUUUAAGUAUAAUUUAUUAUCUGUAAGUUUGGUGAUGAAUUCAAAAUAAACAUAUUUUCAAUU